AUGUCAGAAACGCUGCCCCCCCCCCCUGCGGGCGCCUCCCACCGCCAGACUUCACGACCACCCGGUGCCACUGCCAUCCUUGGGGGCGCGUGGUGUCACCUGUGGGCGCUCGGUUCUUCCCACCCGCGGCCUGUCUUGGGGCGCGAGCCCCGCCAGUCGGGGUAUUUCUGCGGAACGAGAAAGGAACCGCCGAACGGUCGGGAAACUUUCCCGCUGCCGUCUCCCCGGGGACCGCAGGGUCCCCUGUCUCCCUCCGAGCGGGCUCGGGCGGCAAGGUCGGAGUUGAUCGGAGCGUCCACGCCGUGUCCCGGGGAGCGGCCGGCGUCCUGGCCCGAGCCCCGGGGAGGGGGCAGCGGGCGGGCGGCCCUGGAAGCUAAGACACCUGCGGCCUCCGGCGGGCGGUCCCCGAGCCCCGGCGCCUCCUCCAAAGCCGCGGCUCCGCCCCGCCCGCCCAGCUCUCCCGCCCGCGGUUCCACCCAGCCGCCGGGUUCCGGCGCCCGGGCAGAGCGUCGCCUAGCCCCCGAGCCCGAGGUCCCAGCCCCGGCGCCCACCGCCUGCGCCGACGCCGAGCUGAGCGCGCAGCUGAACCGACGGCUGGGCAUCAACGAGGGCACGGCGCGGCCCCGCCGCUGCAAGGUCUUCAACCCCUACACGGAUUUCCCGGAGUUCAGCCGCCGCCUCAUCAGGGACCUGGAGAGCAUGUUCAGAAAGUACGACGCCGGGCGGGACGGCUUCAUCGACCUGAUGGAGCUGAAGCUGAUGAUGGAGAAGCUGGGGGCGCCCCAGACCCACCUGGGCCUCAAGCGCAUGAUCAAGGAGGUGGACGAGGACUUUGACGGCAGGCUCAGCUUCCGUGAGUUCCUGCUCAUCUUCCACAAGGCCGCAGCAGGGGAGCUGCAGGAAGACAGCGGCCUGAUGGCACUGGCAAAGCUCUCCGAGAUCGACGUGGCCCAGGAGGGCGUGAAAGGUGCCAAGGACUUCUUUGAAGCCAAGGUCCAAGCUUUGUCCUGUGCCAGUAAGUUUGAAGCCGAGCUAAAAGCGGAGCAAGACGAGAGGAAGCAGGAGGAGGAGAAGAGGAGACUCCGCCAGGCAGCCUUCCAGGAGCUCAAAGCUGCUUUCAGCACAUAGUCGGGCAGCCUUGACUUCCAUCCACACAGUGCCUCACAGACGCGCCCAAGAGAGCUGGCCGGGCACCCUCACCCCUGCUGCUCUCCCCCCCACCCCCCAACGGGCCUCCACCUCCACCACGUAAAGCAAACUCCUUGCCUCAUGGAGUGGCAGGGGGUGGCUCUCAUCCCUCUGUGGAAGCCCCUCCCAAGGGUCCCGGGAUGAGCCUACUGCGCCCCCUUCUCUUUCCCUCCCUCUUUCCUCUGUAGCCAGAUCGGAGCCUCUACUCCGCAACUUGUACUUUCUCCUGGUCCCUUUGCCUUUCACAUCAAAGAGUGUUGAUCUGUGCAGACGUUUCUCUCUUUGAUGGCCCUCCAGGGGAGAUAGUCCCUGGAGGAUUCUGACGUUAAUGUUGCCCAUUUUCCCGGGAAUUCUCCCCUUCUUCGCACCUCUCCCCGUGGGGUCCCCCUCCUCUUCCGCUCCUGUUCCCCUUCCCUGCUUUCACUCUGAGCCUGAUUCUGCAGGUUGGUAUCUUCCGUGCUCUGAUGACCAUGAGCUUCAAGGCCAGCCAGGCUGGACCACUGCCCUCCCCCUCUUCGAUGAGAUGGCGAAAUAGGGGACAGAUAGGAAGUCCUGUUCCUUCCUGUCACCUUUGUCCUGUCCACUGAGCAUCACCCCCUGGGCCCACCCUCUUCACCCCCUUCAUUUGUGUCUUCUCAUUUCCUCCUCCUCUUAAAUACCCUGCCACUUACCCGCAAGAAUGAGAGAAUAAUCAGAAGUGAUAUUCAUGCCUAGAAGAACCCCUAUUAAUUCCUUCUAUGCAAAUUACCGUAGACCCCUGCAUUCCCAAGGGACAAAUCCAGAGCCUUUCAAAGUCAUGAAAGUCAUGACAGUCUUCAUCUGGCCAGUUUCCAACUUCUGCUCCAAGAUGUUGGGGUGAAGCUGUUCUCACCCCCCAGCACACACUUAUGUGUUGUGUGUUCUUGGGAUUGCUCACAAAUACCAGGGGUUUCUUGUAUGUUUUUGUUUAAAGAAUUCCCAACAUUGUAUUUAUUACUUCUCUUUUGUAACUCUGUCUUUACAAGGAAAAUGUCUGCAUUUCUACUUCACAACUGCCUCUUUUUUCCAAUAAACUGCGAAUGGACUUUGCCAUCA